GCAGACUUCAAAUAACUCUGCGAGCGUUGUCCCACUGCAAAUUCAUCAACACGAGAUUUUAAUGGCUGCUCUGUGAGUGAGGAUUAGAAAAGCAAAAGAAAGAACUUUAGCGCCAGCGAGAAGUGAAGCGUCAAAGGAUUGAUGGUCUUAUAGCCAUGCGCACGCUCGUGGUUCUGUUCGUUUGUGCCUUGGCAACAGCCUCUGCGCAGGAGCCUGACCACGCCCAUGGCUGCACCCAUAGCAGCUGUUACCCAGCAACCGGUGACCUGCUGGUGGGCCGAGAGAAGAGUCUGAAGGCGUCGUCCACCUGCGGCACACGGAGGAAAGAGCCCUACUGCAUCGUCAGUCACCUGCAGGAGGAGAAGAAGUGUUUCCAGUGUGACUCGCGGCGACCCUACGACACCGUGUACAACACCAUCAGCCACCGCAUCGACAAUGUCAUCACCACCUUCAAGUCGCACCGCAAGAAGUCCUGGUGGCAGUCUGAGAACGGAAAGUCGGAUGUUUCCCUUCAGCUCGAUCUGGAGGCAGAGUUCCACUUCACCCAUCUCAUCAUGACCUUUAAGACAUUCCGUCCAGCUGCCAUGCUGAUUGAGCGCUCGGCAGAUUUCGGACGCACCUGGCAGGUGUAUCGUUACUUUGCGUACGACUGCGCCACCAAAUUCCCAGGGAUACCCCAGGGUCCUCUGCGCAAGGUGGAUGAUGUCAUCUGCGAGUCACGCUACUCCGACAUUGAGCCGUCCACGGAGGGGGAGGUAAUCUUCAGAGUCCUCGAGCCCGCGAUCAGAAUUGAGGACCCAUACAGUCCAACCAUUCAAAAUCAGCUGAAGAUCACAAACUUGCGUGUGAACUUCACGGAUCUGCACACUCUGGGCGACGACCUGCUGGACUCGCGUGUGGAGAUCAAAGAGAAGUACUACUACGCCGUCUACGAGCUGGUCGUCCGCGGCAACUGCUUCUGCUAUGGCCACGCCUCCGAGUGCGCCCCCAUUACCGGGAUCAAGAAUGACAUAGAAGGCAUGGUGCACGGGAGGUGUGUGUGCAACCACAACACCAAGGGCUUGAACUGUGAGCAGUGUGACGACUUCCAUAACGACAUGCCCUGGAGACCAGCCGAGGGCCGUAACACCCACGCCUGCAAGAAAUGCAACUGUAAUGGGCACUCAUCCGAGUGCCACUUUGACAUGGCAGUGUAUCUGGCCACCGGGAACAUCAGCGGAGGUGUCUGUGACAACUGCCUCCACAACACCAUGGGCCGCAACUGUGAGAUGUGCAAACCCUUCUACUACAAAGACCCGACCAAAGACAUCAGGCACCCAGGAGUCUGUGUGGCUUGUGACUGUGACCCGGACGGCUCUGAGAACGGCGGCGUGUGUGAUAGCCACGAUGAGCCGUCGCUGCGCAUGAUGGCUGGCCAGUGCCGCUGCAAGGACCACGUGGAAGGGCUGCGCUGUGACAAGUGCAAGGCUGGCUUCUACGGCCUGAGUGCAGACAACCCACAAGGCUGCCGGCCCUGUAUGUGUGACAGGAGGGGUACGGUGUCGGGCAGAGAGCAGUGUGACCCGGUGAGUGGGGACUGUUUCUGCAAACGCCUGGUCACUGGACGGAGCUGUGACCAGUGCCUGCCGGAGCACUGGGCCCUGAGCCAUGACAUGAGUGGGUGCCGGGCCUGUGACUGUGACAUAGGGGGAGCCACAGACAACCAGUGCACCAUGGAGACGGGGCAAUGUCGUUGCCGUAGCCACAUGAUUGCCCGCCAGUGUAACCAGGUGGAGCCUGGCUACUUCUUCAUGGCUCUGGACUACUACACCUACGAAGCUGAGCUAGCCAGACUGGGACAGGGGUGCGGUGUGGAGGAGCGAGAUAUCCAGCAGGGUCGCUCAGCCUCCUGGACCGGUACCGGUUUCGCCCGUGUACCUGAGGGUAGCAACCUGGAGUUCACCAUCAAUAACAUCCCCUACUCAAUGGAAUACGACCUGCUCAUCCGCUACGAGCUCCAGCUGCCCAGGGACUGGGAGGAGGUCCGUGUAACAGUGGUGCGCCCCGGGCCCAUCCCCACCAGCAGCCCGUGUGGAAACACCAUCCCUGCAGACGACCUGCUCACUGCAUCACUGCCUGCUGGAUCCAGAUAUUUGGUCCUGUCCCAGCCCAUUUGCCUUGAGAAAGGAGUGACCUACACCCUGCGUCUGGAGUUCAGCCGCUACGCUGACCGCAACAGCAUCUCCAGCGUGGUCAGCCCCAGCAUACUGGUGGACUCUAUCGUGCUGCUCCCUCGCUACUCCUCCUUGGAGAUGUUCAUCGGAGGCGACCCUGCCUCCAUCGCCAGGAAGCAGAGCUAUGAGCGCUAUCGUUGCCAUGACACCGCCAAAGGUGUAUCACGACCACAGAUCAGUGACGUGUGUGCCAAACUCAUCACCAGCAUGUCAGCCAUCAUCAACGACGGAGCUCUAUCAUGCCAGUGUGAUCUUCAGGGGUCAGUGAACUUUGAAUGUGACUCCCGUGGAGGUCAGUGUCGCUGCAGGCCCAACGUGAUUGGCCGCCGCUGUGACCAAUGUGCUCCAGGCACCUACGGAUUCGGGCCCUCUGGGUGCAAAGUGUGUGAGUGCAGUGCCGAGGGCUCUCAGACGCGCUUCUGUGACCGGAUCACGGGCAAGUGCUCGUGCCGACCCGGCGCCUUCGGGCCCAGGUGUGACGGCUGCCAGCCCGGGCACUGGGGCUUCCCCAACUGCAAGCAGUGCCAGUGCAACGGGCUGGCCGAGGAGUGCCACCAGAGGACGGGCGCCUGCCUCAACUGCAGGGGCAACGCCGCCGGAAACAACUGUGACAGAUGUGCCAAUGGGUUCUACGGCAACCCGGAGCUCGGCUCUGGGACUCAGUGCCGCCCCUGUCCGUGCCCAGAGGGACCCAGCAGCAGGCGCCACUUCGCCGCGUCCUGCCACCAGGACCCCCGCAGCAGACAGGUGGUCUGCAACUGCAAUCAAGGCUAUACGGGUAUUGUUAAGCGCUCUGAAGGCACCAACCUUAAGCGUGCGCGCUGUGACGAGUGUGCCCCCGGUUACUAUGGCAACCCCUCUCAGCCAGGGGGGCGGUGCCAGGCAUGUCGCUGUAACAACAACAUUGACCUGUCAGACCCGGCCUCCUGUGACCCACGCACGGGAGACUGCAGGAAGUGCCUCUACAACACGGAGGGGCCCGACUGCGGCGUGUGCAAGAGUGGUUACUAUGGUGAUGCCUCUCGCCGUAAUUGCAGAAAGUGUACUUGUAACUUCCUGGGCACGGCACGUGACCAGUGCAUAGCGAAGGAGGACUGUGUGUGCCAACGCUCCUCUGGCCAGUGCCAGUGUCUGCCCAACGUGAGCGGCCUCACCUGUGACCACUGUGCCCCCAACUACUGGAACCUGGCCAGCGGGCGAGGCUGCGACGCAUGCGGCUGUGAUCCCAACAACGCCUACACCCCAGCUUGCAAUGAGUUCACAGGCCAGUGUCAGUGCCGUCAGGGCUUUGGUGGAAAGACCUGCCGCGACUGCCAGGAGAACUUCUGGGGCGAUCCCCGGGUCCAGUGCCGAGGUUGUGACUGUGACCCUCGGGGCAUUGAGACGUCUCAGUGCAACCGGGUGACGGGCCACUGCGUGUGCCAGCAGGGGGUGUCGGGGGUGCGCUGUGACCAGUGUGCCCGCGGCUUCUCUGGCACCUUCCCCGACUGCCAGCCAUGCCACCAGUGCUUCGGCGACUGGGACCGCAUUGUUCAGGACCUGGCGACCAGAACUAAAUCCCUGACGGACCGGGCCAAAGAAAUCCAGACGACUGGCUUGACUGGGCCAUACGAGAAGAGAUUCAAGGAGCUCGAGGACAAGCUGGCGCAGGCCAGGGGUAUUGUCAAUGCCCGGAAUGCCACCGCAGAGGCCGUCACCACCCUGAUGGGCAUGAUUGAGGACCUGAGGUCUCGUAUCGGAGAGACCACAGACACGCUGAAUCGCCUGGAGGGAGACCUCACCAACGUGCAGGACAACAACUAUGAAGCCAGUAAUGAGCUCAGCAGUCUGGAGAGGGAAGCCAAGGAGCUGAACCUGACCUGCGAUGGCCUCAACCGUCAGCUGGAUAUCCUCAAGAACUCCAACUUCCUCGGUGCAUAUGAUAGCAUCCGCAGCUCCCACAACAAGUCUCGAGAUGCAGAGCGUCGUGCCAACCAGGCGACCACAGACAUCCCGAGUACCGUUAGCCAGUCAGCUGCAACUCGCCGCAAGACUGAGCGGCUCAUCGCCGACAAGAAAGAUGACUUCAACCGCAAGAAUGCUGCCAAUAAGCGUGCCUUGCAAGAUCUCAAUGGCAAGGCCCAGAACCUGGACAUGAAGAAACUGAAUGAGAAGGUCUGUGGUGCCCCUGGUGACGCUCCUUGUGAAGAGAGUCCGUGUGGAGGAGCUGGUUGCCGUGACGACAACGGCAACCGCCUCUGCGGUGGCUUGAACUGCAAUGGUGCCGUGGCCAAGGCUGACAGUGCCCUCGACAAAUCCAAACAUGCUGAGAAAGAGCUGAACCGAGCUAUGGCUGAGGUGGAGGAACUCUUCCAGAAGGUGGCAGAUGCCAAGUCCAAGGCUGAAGAGGCGAAGGACAAAGCCCAGGCAGCACUGGAGAAAGCCAACGACACCAAGAACAAGGUGGAGCGUUCCAACAAUGACCUCCGCGACCUCAUCAAGCAAAUUCGUGACUUCCUUACACAGGAGGGUGCUGACCCAGACAGCAUUGAGAUGGUGGCCAAUCGGGUCUUGGAGCUGUCCAUCCCAGCCUCCCCUCAGCAGAUCCGGCAUCUGGCCGAGGAGAUCAAGGACCGCGUCAGGAGCCUGGCCAACGUGGACGCCAUUCUGGAACAAACGCAGGACGACGUGCGCAAGGCUGAGCAGCUGCUUCACAACGCCAAGAGAGUCAGAAACAGAGCAGAGGGGGCAAAGAACGCUGCCGAGACGGUGCAGAAAGCACUGGACGAUACCCGCAAGGCCCAGGCUGCUGCAGAGAAGGCCAUUAGAAGAGCCAAGGAUGACAUUGGACUCACUGAAACCCGGCUGGCUCAGAUCGAGUCUGAGACGGCUGCCAGUGAGGAGGAUUUGAAGGAAGCCAUGGACCGGCUGGGUAUCUUGGGCCAGGAGAUUGACGCCCUGAAGGCCAAACGAGCCACCAACAGCAUGGAAGCAGCUCGAGCAGAAGAGACAGCCACUAUGGCACGAGACAAAGCCAAUGAGGCCAAACAGAUUCUGGACGGCGAGCUGACUGAUAAGUACCGCACAGUGCAGGAGUUGGUGGGCACAAAAGCCAAAAAAGUUCACGACGCCAAGAAGAAGGCCGAGCGCCUGAGAGAUGAGGCCAAAGACCUCCUAAAGGAUGCUCAGAACAAACUUCAGAGACUAGCAGAGCUUGAGAAAGACUAUGAAGAAAAUCAGAAAACUUUAGAGGGCAAAGCCCAGCAGCUGGAUGGACUGGAGGACAAAAUGAAGGCCAUUCUUGACGACAUCAACAAGCAGAUUCAGAUCUACAACACCUGCCAAUAAACAGCUUGAUCUCUGCACAGCCUUGUGUGCAGUUUGAAACACUCCAGAACUACUGAAUCAUCUCUUAGUAAAGGUGCCUUACUGACCAUGUGUUAAGUUCAGAUGACCAAUGUUAACUGCCUCAAACCAAGCGAUCCCACAUAUACAUGGCGUCAGAACUGCUGUCUCUUCUCAAACCAAAGGAUGAAAGUGUUCUAAUGCAAAAUAUGAUUAAUUAUACAGUAUAAUAUGCUUUCAUGAUAGAAGUCAAUGUAUACAUACUUGUACAUGUUUGUGAAAUUAGUGUAAAUAUAUUAUGUGUGAUUUUUAUUUAAUGAAUUGGAGAUGAGAGAGUUAUCAAAUACUGUAAUUCAUAUCUGUUUAUUAACAGACUUUUUACCUCCAUAAACAUGCCAUUUUGUUCUUUGGAAAUAAAUACCUUUUGAGAGCAAAAUAAUUAAAAAAUACAGUCUGUUACAUUAAGAACAUCAGUUAUAGACACAUGGAAUAUUUUUGUUUGAAUGUGUAGGCUAUUCAUUAAAAGAGAGACAUUGGUGAGUGUACAAUGAUGUGUAGCCUAUUUCUUAGUAUUGUAGGUCUCCUUUCCUGACUGUUGUAGUAGUAUAUACAGUACCCUCCAGAAUUACUGGCACCCUUGGUAAAGUUGACUAAAAAUAGGUAUAACAAAUGAUCUUUUGGUGAUUUAUUGUACUCUCACAAUGAAAACAAUUAGGAAAAAUACACCC